AUCUGCCUGCCGCGCACAGAGCUCGCAUUUUGUGUCACUGUGCCACCGGGAGAGGGGCGAUAGACUGCUGCGCGUCAGGGGACACCGACCAGUCACCAUCCGCACAGUUCAAGCGACAUCCCACCGCGGGCAAUGACAUUGGCAAACUGAAGUAGGAAUACACGAGAAAAACGCAAAAAUGACGGUGGACUUUGAAGAAUGUAUAAAAGAUUCCCCCCGAUUCAGGGCCGGCAUUGACGAUGUGGAGACGGACGUGGUGGAGAUUGAGGCGAAGCUCGACAAGCUGGUGAAGCUGUGUAGUGGGAUGAUCGAGGCCGGCAGGGCCUACGUCAGCGCCAACAAGCUCUUUGUUAACGGCAUCAAGGACCUGUCCCAGCAGUGCAAGAAAGAGGAGACGAUAUCGGAAUGCCUUGAAAAGUGUGGAGAGAGCCUCCAGGAGAUUGUCAACUACCACAUGAUACUGUUUGACCAAGCUCAGAGGUCGAUCAAGCAGCAGCUGCACACCUUUAUUAAAGAGGAUGUGCGUAAAUUCAAGGACACCAAGAAGCAGUUUGACCGGGUGCGUGAGGACAUGGAGCUGGCCCAGGUGAAGAACGCCCAGGCGCCCAGGAACAAAGUGCAUGAGGCUGAAGAGGCCACACAGGCCCUGGUCAUCAGCCGCAAAACCUUCAGGCACCUAGGACUGGACUAUGUACUACAGAUCAAUGUUCUUCAGGCCAAGAAGAAGUUUGAAAUCCUGGAUGCAAUGCUGUCCUUCAUGCGCGCACAGUACACUCUGUUCCAGCAGGGCUUCAACAUCUUGGAUGAGAUUGACCCUUAUAUGAAAAAACUGGCUGCACAGCUGGAUCAGCUGGUCAUCGACUCAGCCAUGGAGAAGAGGGAGCUGGAGCACAAACAUGCCAUCAUCCAGCAGAGAACUCUGAUGCAGGACUUUUCUUAUGAUGACCACAAGUUGGAGUUCAACGUGGAUGCACCCAAUGGUGUGGUUAUGGAGGGUUACCUCUUCAAAAGGGCCAGCAACGCGUUCAAGACAUGGAACAGGCGGUGGUUUUCUAUACAAAACAGCCAGCUGGUCUACCAAAAGAAACUCAAGGACUCUUUGACGGUGGUGGUGGAGGACCUGAGGUUAUGCUCUGUCAAACCAUGUGAAGAUAAUGAGAGGAGGUUCUGCUUCGAGGUGGUUUCACCAACUAAGAGCUGCAUGCUGCAGGCUGAGUCUGAGAAGCUGCGGCAGGCUUGGAUCCAGGCUGUCCAGGCAAGCAUUGCCUCUGCUUACAAAGACAUCGCCGACAAUUAUUACAUUGAGCGUUUGGACCGGACAGCCUCGCCCUCCACCAGCAGCAUCGACUCUGCCAGCGAGCCCAGAGAGAGAGCUGACAGAGGGGUCAGGGUGGGUGGUGAGAGCCUCCUCCAGAGGGUCCAGAGCCUGCCAGGCAACGAGCUGUGCUGUGACUGCGGCCAAACGGCUCCAUGCUGGGCCUCCAUCAACCUGGGAGUGUUGCUCUGCAUCGAGUGCUCGGGGAUCCACAGGAGUUUAGGCGUCCAUUGCUCAAAAGUGCGUUCACUGACGUUAGACUCAUGGGAGCCAGAAUUACUCAAGCUGAUGUGUGAAUUGGGGAACACUGUGAUUAACCACAUUUAUGAGGGAUCCUGCGAGGAGAUGGGAGUGAAAAAACCUGGACCGUCCAGUACAAGGCAGGAGAAAGAGGCCUGGAUCAAGUCUAAGUAUGUGGAAAAACGCUUCCUGAAGAAGAUGAGUGGGAGUGAGGCUUUGGUGGAGGGUGAAAGGAAGUCCCGUCCCUGGACAGUGAAGAAGUGCCGACGACACAACAGCUCUGUGCGGGCCCCCAACAAGGCCCGCAGGAAAUACCAUCGCUACGAGCCGGGCAGCGCUGCCCCUGCAAACCUCUCAGCAGCAGCUGCAGCAAAGUUUCGCCGGGACUCUCUAUUCUGUCCGGAUGAGCUGGAUUCACUAUUUUCCUACUUUGACACAGGCUCUGGUCCACGCAGCCCCGCAGGUCUCAGCAGUGACAGCGGCCUGGGAGGAAGUACUGACGGCAGCACAGACAUCCUGGUCUUUGGCUCGGUGGUGGACAGCGUCACAGAAGAAGAGGAGGAGUCAGAGGAGUCCUCCAGUGGUGAAGUGGAGAUUGAACAGGAAGUAUCUUCAGACCCUGAAGACCCUAGGGAGCUCCACCCGGGGGCACUCCUCCACCGAUCCUCGCGUUUGCACAACCUGCCACUCAUGGCGGAGGCAUUGGCGCACGGUGCUGAUGUACAUGCUGCAAAUGAGGAGGAGGGAAAAACGCCGCUCAUUCAGGCUGUGGUCGGGGGCUCUCUGAUCGCUUGUGAGUUCCUGCUACAGAACGGAGCCGAUGUGAACCAGCGGGACAUGAGGGGCAGAGGCCCGCUGCACCAUGCCACCUACCUGGGACACACCGGUCAAGUGUGUCUGUUCCUGAAGAGAGGAGCGUCGCAGACUGAGGUGGACGAGCAGGGUCACGACCCCCUCAGCAUUGCUGUGCAGGCGGCCAACGCAGACAUCGUCACCCUGUUGCGUCUAGCGCGAAUGAAUGAGGAGAUGCGAGAGGCAGAGGCUCCUUUGGGUCAACCAGGGGUUACCGGGGGCAGCAGGACAGUUAAACCCAAGGAUGGUCGGGAUAGAGUGACAUCUCCAGUGUUGAUGUCUUUCGCGAGUUUUCUCUCAUCGCGUCUCUACAGCCCGAGAAGUUGAGAAGAAGGAGCUUACAGUUCAGCUGCUCUAAGUGAAGACUGAACACUACUUCUUCUGACCACUCGACGGUCCCUUUGAAAUAUAGGUGGAGGCAGCCCCAGCCCAUCAAAAAUGACAUUUUGACGCUGAAGGACUGCUGCAGGCGUAAGCAAAUGAUCAGAACCUUGCAGGGACUAUAAACUGUAGUGGUCUGGUAAUUGUUUCAAUCGCUGUUGUAUAUAACAUUUAGUAUAAUAAACCUUGGUCAUGUGAAAAUGUUAUGCAGUGCAAACAGUUCCUUUACACAGGUGUAAUUUCAAUAUGGCCUGACACAAGUAAUUGCAUUGAAUUAGCACCAAAGUCAUUUUAGCCUGUCACAAGAUCAUGUUAUCAGACAUUUCAUGUUGUUUUUAAAAGGGCCCUCUAAAUAUUGCACUUCAGUCAUUUGCAGAAGAUAUAUUUGGAAAUAUCUUUCAAAAUGGAGACAUUAACUUUUGCUAUAAUAUAACACAAUAUGUGUUAGCCUGCCCUGCAAAUGUCCAUGUCUUUUGAACUUUAUUAUAACGUGUAUUAUUUCCAGGCCUUCGCAAAGUAACCCUGAUGCCAUUACAUGGUCAUUCAUUUAGACAAUAAGAAGCUUUCUCCAGAGCAGAACAUUAUGCAAAUCUUACCAUAGGCUUAAUGGUAUCCUCUCUAUGAUGAGUAAACUAAACUUGAUGUUUUGAAUCAGUGCCUCUUUAAUGGUUGUUUGUUUCUCAACUGCAAAUCUCUGAUUAACUGUUUUGUAACUGGUGGCGGAAAUUAAAUAAAAAUAGGCUCAAAUAGAA